AAGUACAAAACCUCUCACUUCAAUGUUUCUUUUACAAACAUCGAUAAUUCCAAAAAGUCAUCAACCUUUUUCCCACAAAUCCCCCCCUUUGUAUUAUCACUACCCCUUCUUCCUUACCACUCAUUUUUUUCUACUGCCAAUUAAUUCUUACAUUCUCAGCCAUGUUCUUUAUCUGACAAAAUAUACAGUACAACUCAUAACAAUAGUAUAGUGAUCAUGCUACAAAGUCCCAUUAAUACUUACACAAAUAACCCUUCUUCUUCAUCAUCUUCUUCCAUGUCUUCCAAACGCUCCCUUGUUGAAGAAGAUCCAGUAAUUACAAAACGGCCCCGCAACUUUUCAGAAGGCGAAGAACAAGAAGUAGUCCGCGUUGAUGACGCGGACUCUAUUGGUCUUCGCCUUCUAGGGUUGUUGCUACAAUGCGCUGAGUGCGUAGCAACAGAAAACCUCGGCGAAGCGGGCAAUUUAUUGCCCGAAAUCGCCGAGCUUUCUUCGCCUUACGGCUCUUCAGCCGAGAGAGUCGCCGCGUACUUUGCGGAAGCUCUCUCGGCUAGGAUCAUCAGCUGUCACCUCCGAUUUUACUCUCCUCUCAACCUCAAAUCCCUAACCCUAACGCAUUCGCAAAAGCUAUUCACCGCUUUGCAAUCGUACAACACGAUUAGCCCUCUCAUCAAAUUCUCUCACUACACCGCCAAUCAGGCCAUAUAUCAGGCACUGGAGGGCGAAGAUCACGUCCACGUCAUCGAUCUCGACAUCAUGCAAGGUCUUCAGUGGCCUGGAUUGUUCCAGAUUCUAACAAGUCGACCGAAGAAACUGCAUUCAUUUAAGAUCACUGGGAUUGGAUCGUCAAUGGAGUUGCUGGAAUCGACGGGCAGGCGACUCACCGAGUUUGCUAACUCGUUCGGGCUGCCCUUCGAGUUUAAACCGGUCGAGGGCAAAAUCGGAAAUAUCACUGACCUGAGUCAACUCGGUGUGAAAGUAGGGGAAACUACUGUAGUUAAUUGGAUGCAUCAUUGUCUUUAUGAUAUAACUGGGAGUGAUUUAGGGACGUUCAGAUUGUUGACUUUGUUAAGGCCCAAAUUGAUCACGACCGUUGAACAAGAUUUGGGUCAUGGAGGUAAUUUUUUGGGCAGGUUUGUUGAGGCAUUGCAUUAUUAUUCAGCUUUGUUUGAUGCAUUAGGGGAUGGAUUGAGUGAAGAGAGUGUAGAGAGGCAUAUGGUGGAACAGCAAUUGUUUGGUAGUGAAAUUAGGAAUAUUGUAGCUGUUGGUGGGCCCAAGAGGACUGGUGAGGUGCCUGUGGAGAGAUGGGGUGAUGAGUUGAAACGGGUCGGAUUUUUACCCGUUUCGUUAUCGGGUACCCCCGCUGCACAAGCUAGUUUGUUGCUAGGGAUGUUUCCAAGAGGGUAUACUUUGGUUGAGGAAAAUGGGUGUUUGAAGUUGGGUUGGAAGGAUUUGUCUUUGUUGACUGCUUCUGCAUGGCAACCCUGCGACUAAAGGACAGUUCAAUGCACAAAGCGUUUUGCGUUUGUAGGGUUCGGAAAAUGACUUCACCUUCAAGAACGGUGAUGUAAACAGUCUAAUCUAAUGCAAGUAUCAGUGGUUGGUGCGAUUAAAAUGUUUUUUGUUCGAUUUGAACCGUUAAAUCAUGUUAUGACGUUGUCCUAAAAGAAAUUGGACGUACUAAUAAGUGAACUGCUCCUGUUCACUUUGGUCUUAAUUCUGAGGUGACCACACAUGUAUUUGUCUCAUUCUUGAAAUUAUUCUUUUUAAGAAACAAUUGCAAUGUAUCAAAGAAGAUUUUGUCCUUUUUCUUUAUGAAAUAAUUGCAAUGUGGACUGUGGAA